AGGUAUGAGGCUUGGCUGGGUAGAGAAAACAGGUGGGGCAGGUUUCUGUUGUUACACACAGGUGAUGUGAAGAGGGCAGGACUCGGGUGAGGAAGAACAGGAAAAACUGAUGGGAGAAACUCAGUGGGAGGAACCGUGAACGAAUGUUUAUGUGUGUAAGAGAGCGUAAGUAAGUGCCUGGGACUGCAGACUGCUAUAACAAGACUUAAAUUUUAACUAUUUACUACGAAGAUUUAUUUUCUUUUUAUUUAUUAGUAUUAUUUGGUGGGGGAGGGGAUUACUGGUAUGGAUUUUCAUGUCAUUUGUUGCCUUGGGCAGUAAAGUGGGUCAACACCUGAGAAGGAGCUAAAAGGAGAAGCUGAACUGAGACCGUUUUGUCCCGCUGAAAGAGCACAAGAGAGGAAGGACAUGCUAAACGUUCUGGGGAUACUGAAGAGGGAGGAUGCAUAAUUGGACAGGAAACACCGUCUUUUUUUGUUUGUUCUCUUUUUGGGGAAAUAGACAUAGAAGGAGUUGAUUUCUGAUGCAUCUACUAUAUUAACCACAAACUAAUUCGGUGAUAAAUAUCCUCCUUAACUGUUGCUGCUUGGAACAUUUUUAUUUUAUUUUUUCCCAAGUAUCAUUUUGGGCUUGUUUUUAUGCCUCAAUUCAACCGUAAAGAUAACUAAUCACCUUUCAGCUACAAAAGGUCAAAUAUUCCAAGAGAUCUACAGUUCAGCUAAAGGAGGGAUCAUUUCCUCUACUCACACUGAAAACGACACACACACACACACCACUUCCAACAUGCAGGCACCGCCACCUGAGCACGAUGACACUUUUGAUUUCCUGUUUAAGAUCAUCCUCAUUGGGGACACCAAUGUGGGGAAGACCUGCGUGCUUCAGAACUUUAAGUCAGGGGUUUUCUCUGACAAACAGCAGAACACCAUCGGAGUGGAUUUCACAGUGAGGACGGUGGAUAUUGAAGGAAAGAAAGUCAAGAUGCAGGUGUGGGACACAGCAGGUCAGGAGAGGUUUCGGACCAUCACUCAGAGUUACUAUCGCAGCGCUCACGGCGCCAUGAUUACCUAUGACAUCACACGAGGCUGCACCUUUGAUUCGGUGAACCAUUGGAUCAAGGAGGUAGAGCUGUACGGAGCUGCCAAUGUACUCUUGGUGCUAAUAGGUAACAAAUGUGACCUGGAGGAGGAACGGGAGGUUCCGUUCGAGAAAGCUUGCAAUCUGGCAAAAGAAAGAGGCAUACUCGCUGCUUUGGAAACAUCUGCUAAGGAAAGUCAGAAUGUGGAGGAAGCCUUCUUGAUGAUGGCCAAGGAGCUGCUGUCUCGUAACGGCCUCAACGUCCAGCAGGAUGAGAACAGCGGCAUGCCUCGGAUCCUCCUCAGAGAGAACUCUCGACCAAUCGAUGUCAGCAUAGGCGCCUACGUUCCUCCGGAGAAAGAGAAGAAGUCGUGUUGCUGACGCAGAGAAACUGUGACUGAAGAUGCUUGAAGGGUUUUAUUUAUCGGGAAUGUGGAUGAGUGAAAGAGGAUCUUGAAGUUCUGUGACGUCGAGGCAUGAUGUACUGAGCGUCUGCCAGAAGGCAGAUGUCAAAGAUAUGGUGAAGAAAUGUUCGUUGUAUCUGAUCGGAGAGGAAUGCUGACGAAGCGUCUUUACUGGAAAGACCUGCGAUCAGUGUUCAGGAAGCGCUAAAGCCCAACGACCUCCUUUUAUAUCAACUGGUCCAUGUUACUAAUAUUUUUCUAAAUUCAAAACAGUUUAAGGCAAAUACAUUUACACCAUUGGAAGUCUAACAGUGUGCUAAGAGCUUGGGGUUGUUUUACGGUGCGAUUUUGUUAAAAUGAAGUUGAAAUGUUUUUGAAAGAAUAUAUAUUUUUAAUCUGUUGUCUCUCACUACACUGUGGAUUUAAGUUUCCAAAACGGCUUGCCAUACUCAAAACUACUGUGAAAUAAAUAAGUCUGAAUUGAUUUCACGACACAGCUGCAAAAAGCUGUGAAAAUAAAAAUGCCAUAUUUGAUUAUGAGUAGCUUCCAGCGAACUCCUUGAGCCCGUCAGGAAAUUCUGACCUCUGAGGAAAAGUAAUCUGACGUUUCUAACCCAUUGAACACUGAAGCGACACUGUCUGAACACUAGAUGGUGCUGUGCUGCACCGCAUGAUCUGUGGCCGCCGUUAGGGUUGCCUUUGCCUUGUGUAUAAAAAAGGGAAACGUGAUUUGAAAGAGGAAACAAAAAUGUGUCCAAACACAAACAGUUUGCCUCAAAGCCAUUUUCCGGAAAAGAUGUAGUGUAUUAUUACAAUAAGGUCAUCACACUAGAAAAAGAGGUCAUUACUUUUCUGAGACAGUCACUGGUAAAUUUAGCCUCGCUAAGAUAUUCAUACAUCUAUAAAUAUUUGCUAGAUUUGUCCAUGUUUUAUUAAUAAAAUUCAAUCUUUCUCUUGGGA